AUGGAAACACCGGAGAUUCGGCUAGAAAUCCUCCGCCAUUGUUCUCUCGACGCUCUCGUCGCUCUUAGCCAAACAUGCACCGAUUUCAGAGCAUUAAUGCCUCUGCUGGACGACACUCUGGUCCGACCGAAAGUGCUGAAACGAGUUCCAUGGAUGACUGUGGCUCCAGGAGCAGGUCUGAAGUCGUGGAUGGAUUGUGCACGACUCAUUGUUGCCCGAUACAAGUCGCGGACACAAGAACCCGAACAAUGGUGUACCACUGACUCUCAACAUGUCUAUGAUAUGGACGAUUUGGCAAAUACUGCUGAUAUCGAGUAUAUUGACGGCGUCUGCGUGGAUGGAGAAGCUCUACCCAAGUCGUUUGACCCUCUGUUUGAAUCUGCUGACUUCCCGGUACCUUAUGGACUAGCUAGGGGCAAGUAUCUAAUGAGCAUUAGGGAUGACGGUAUCACUCUCGAUAUGACCACCAUGGAACAUGUUCCCGAAAACCCAGACCAGUUCCCGUUCAAACUGCCAGACCCAGCAGAUGUCUGGAUUGCCAUGGAAGACUUUGUCAGUGUGCGAGACGGUUCCAAAUGGGUAUUCAGAUGCGCCAACUCUUACAUCACCAUCAUCAGCCAAGCCAUGUUCUGCGUGAGGCAAGAGAGCGAAAGAUGGAUCGUCAUUGAAGACGAAACUGAACACGAUGCAGAGGAAGACAAUGUUUACAUUAUUGAUAAACAAAAGGCCGUCAAUAAUACUCUUUUGUUUGAUCGCCACAACUGUGUUUCCCACUAUCCUCGUGGAUAUAUGAAGGACUACACUUUUCACCUUCUUCCAGGAUCGCAGGGGGCAUUCAGGGUAAAAUUUGACCUCACUGUUAGGAAAUUAUUUAUAUACUACCUUGAUCUGACCAAUGGAGAACCGGAGAUUCUGGUCAUGGAGUUGAAUGGCUCAGAUCAGCUAAUAUACGAGAGGGGACAUGCGUUCGACCCUAUGCCAGACCUCUUUCUCAUCUACAGGGGCAUGCUCUAUUACAACCACUACCAGCACGUGUUGAUUCCUUUGUGGGUCGAUCUUGAAGCGGUGCCUUCCACAGGAAACAAGUACUCAUGGAGGUCACUCAGCAUGGCGUCUAUUUCUCAUGACUUCCACAAAUCUCCCGUGGAGUUGGAUAGGUCCGAGGAUGGAAGAUGGGUGACUCAAGCCUGGAGCGAGCGACGAAUCGUGUGUGAUCUACUCAGGUUCAAAACGUACAUUGUUCGUGACUAUGGAUGGCAAAAGGACCCCUGGAAGGUUUCUGGAGAAUACCAUGAAGAAGUCAAGGAGAUUGGAUGCAUAUUUGUCGGAGCUGAUCGAACUGCCGAGAAGCCCGUUUUUUACGUCAUCAACAGGCCCUAUCUGUUUGCUAUGGACCUGAUACUGCACAAGAGGGAGAAGCUGGAGCCUGACGUUUUCUUGCACCGGGUUUCGAAACUCGUCUACAACUUGUUCUUUGAGGGUUCCAAACAGUUGCAAAAGUCGGCCGGGUACUAUGCUGAAGCUGUAUACGAGCAUAUUGACCAGGUUCCGUGGCUCAAGGGAGAACCAUUGAACGCCGUGGAUGAACAGCAGGAGGCGUUGAAGAUGAAGUACGCUCUAACUGAGGAGGUUUACAAGCGGCCGCUUCCGAUGACUCGGACACAGGCUAAAAAAUCAUGA